AGGUCUGUAGAUGAAACGCUUCCGAUGAAAAUGAUCACAGCUGCAGUCGCCGUCUUCUCUGCCUGCUUGUGCUUGCCAUUUCCACUAGCAACCUUCCUGAAACCCAAGAUCAUCUAGAAUACGGUUCCGAUUCUCACCUGCUCGGAGAAGAACUACGAGCGUGCAUUUGCAUGCUGGCUGCAUCCCUUGGCUCACUCCAUCCAAAUGUCCCAACCACCUUACUCGCGCGCACGCACAAGAGACCUCUCUUCCUCUUCUUAUAAGCCUUCUCCCUCGAUCCGCUCCCCUCCGAGUUCUUUCUUACACGCGCGCUGCGUCGUCCAGGUCCAGAUCCAGUCCCGGUUGUGCUCCGCUGCUGGUCUGACUCCAGCAAUGAGUGUGUUCGAGAUGCGGAUCAAGCAGCAGGGGGAGCCGUCGCUGGUGACGCCGGCGGAGGAGACACCCGGCGGCCUCUACUACCUCUCCAACCUGGACCAGAACAUCGCCGUCAUCGUGCAGACCGUGUACUGCUUCAGGGCGGCAGACGGCGGCGCCGGCGGCGGAGUCAGCGCCUGCGACGUGCUGAGGGAGUCGCUGGCGAAGGUGCUCGUUCACUACUACCCGCUCGCCGGGCGGCUGGCGACCUCGGGCGACGGGAAGCUGGUCGUGGACUGCACGGGCGAGGGCGCCGUGUUCGUGGAGGCCGACGCGGACUGCGCCAUGGCGGACAUCGGCGACGUCACCGAGCCCGACCCCUCCGUGCUCGGCAGGCUCGUGUACAGCGUCCCCGGCGCCAAGAACAUACUCGAGAUGCCGCUGCUUGCAGCCCAGGUGACCAAGUUCAAGUGCGGCGGCUUCGUGCUGGGGCUGGCCAUCAACCACUGCAUGUUCGACGGCGUCGGCGCCAUGCAGUUCGUCAACUCGUGGGGCGAGACGGCGCGCGGCCUCCCGCUGUCGCUGCCGCCGGCCCUAGACCGCGCCGUCCUCCGCGCGCGCGACCCGCCGCAGGUCGACUUCCCGCACCACGAGUUCGCGCAGAUCACCGACGACGACGAGGACGAGUACGAGGACUCCCCGCUCCUGCACCGGUCGUUCCAGUUCACGCCCGCGUCCAUCGCGCGCGUCAAGGCGGCGGCGGCGGCGGCGGCGCUGGAGGGCCGCGCGUGCACCACGUUCGAGGCGCUGGCCGGGUUCGUGUGGAGCGCGCGCACGCGGGCGCUGGGGAUGCGGGCGUCUCGCCCGAGCAAGCUGCUGUUCGCGGUGGACGGGCGGCCGAGGUUCUCGCCGCCGCUCCCCGAGGGGUACUUCGGCAACGCCAUCGUGCUGACCAGCGCGGCGUGCCCCGCGGGGGAGCUGGCGCGCUCGCUGCCGCGCGCUGUGCGGCUGGUGCGCGGCGCCGCGGGGGCCGUGACGGACGCCUACAUGCGGUCCGCGGUGGACUACUUCGAGGCGACGCGCGCGCGGCCGUCGCUGGCGUCGACGCUGCUCAUCACGGCGUGGUCGCGGCUGCCGUUCCGCGCGGCCGACUUCGGGUGGGGCCCGCCCGCGGCGUGCGGCCCCGCGGCGCUCCCCGAGAAGGAGGUGGCGCUCUUCCUGCCGUGCGGGGAGGAGGGGGGCGGCGGCGGCGGCGUCCGCGUCCUGCUGGGGCUGCCGCCCGCGGCCAUGGCCGAGUUCCAGCGGCUCGUGGACGAGGUGACCGCGGCUUGAAGUGGAGGACCCAAUGUUUGCUUGCUUGUAUACGGAAGUGCUACCUGAGUACCUGUUAUCUGUGUUUCUUCUUUUCUGAUUUGAAAAUUUGUUUGUGUUGAGUUGAUGGCACCUGUAUGUCGUAGUGAACUCGUCGUUGUACCUGAAUGGAUGUUAAAAAAAGCGUUAGGAGGAGUUUGGUUCA